AUGGACCUGUUGCAAGAAUUUGACUCGUCUGGUCCUGCAGUAGAAUCUCCCCUGAAUCCUUCUUGCAAGUUACACAACAAUGACUCUCCAUUAUUGGACAAUCCCACUUUAUACAAACACCUAGUUGGAAAAUUAAACUACCUCACGCAUACUCGACCAAACUUAUCUUUUUCAGUUCUGAUCCUAAGUCAGUUUAUGCAAAGUCCCUGGCUUGAUCAUUACACUGCUGCACUGCGAGUUUUGCAGUACCUUCGUGUAGAUCCAGCACAACGUAUCCUCCUCUAUGUCGAUCUUUCUUUUGAUUUAUUGGCUUUUUGUGAUGCAGAUUGGGCAUCUUGUAAGGACACAAGAAGAUCUGUAAGUGGAUUUUACAUCACUCUAGGAGAAGCUCUUAUUUCUUGGAAAUCAAAGAAACAAACAUUUGUUUCUCUAUCUUCCGGUAAAGCUGAUUACAGAUCAAUGCGUAGGGUGACUGUUGACACCCAAUUUUAA